UUCCUCACAGCCUUGCGCACGAUGGCGGUCGAUGCGAAGAAGCUCGUGGUGCCCCUUGCGUGCCUCAUCCUCUCGCGUUGCGUCGACCGCGUCCUCGACACGCGCAUCACGUACGCCUACGGGCCGUUUCUAUGGUACUUUUCCAAUAUAAUCCUCCCGAUCGCCUUCAUGGUCACGUCGUGGCCCGUCGUGUGGUACAAGAUGUGGUUUACGGACGAAAUCACACCCGAGAUGCACAAGUUUCCGCACUACAAGUACGCGCUCAUGGGCUUUUUUGACACGGCGUACAACCUCCUCGCUGCGUUCCCGACGCCGCACAUUGGUGGCAAUUUUGCCAACGUGCUCGACCAGCUCAACUUGCCGUUCAACAUGGUGCUCUCGGCGAUCUUCCUCAACACCAAGUACAAGCGCUGCCACAUUCUUGGCGCGAUCCUCGUACUCUACGGCGGCUUUGUCAACAUGAUUCCUCUCUUCACGGGCGGCAAGACGCUCAACAUGCCGGACCCCAGCGCCUUUUGGAUCCUUCUCUACAUCUCGGCGCUACUUCCGGCGGCAGCCUCCAACGUCUACAAGGAAAUUGGCUUGAAGGACGUGGAUCUGGAUAUCUGGUACGCCAACGCGUGGAUCAGCUUUUACCAGAUUCUCUUUGGUAUUCUCACCAUUUGGACGAUUCGGGUCCCAGCGCUAUGCGACCCGCCAGUGCCGUGGUCGGAGUUUGUGCCGUACGUUGGAAAGGCCCACGAUUGCUUUCUCGGGCGACCUGUCGAGCUGAACGGCGAGCAUCUUCCGUGCGACGAAGGUGUCUUUACUACGUUUCUCUGGUUCAUCCUCUUCAACAUGACGUACAACCAGCUGAUGUUGUACAUCUUCAAGGAAGGCAGCAGCGUCCUCUUUGUGGUCUCGUCGGCCAUUUGCCUCCCUUUGACAGACGUUCUGUACAUGAUUCCGUUCAUCACGGGCGCGGACGCGUCGCAAACGUUUACGAUCUACGACGGGUUUGCGCUCUUUGUUCUUGUGAUUGGCCUUUUAGUCUACCACUCGGAGAAGGAGAAGCGCGUGAGCGAAGGUGGAAGCCGGUCCAUCGACAAGUCGCCCAUGUUCACGUCGCCAACGCUCCAGCGCACGCACCUCAUGCGGUCGCAGCGCGGCCGCGUCGUAUAUCGGCAGAGCCCUCUGUUUCCAGGCAAGAGCCCGCUCUUGCGUCGGUCCAACUCGCCAGCUCGCCCGACGUACGGCACACCCGACCGGUCGCGUCCGUUGCGUACGCCCGAGACACCGAAAAAGAAGAAACAAAAGAAGAAGGCGGCCGAGGCCAUGGUGUAGACCAGGAACGCCUAGAUUGAAGCGCGUCGAACGGCUGGGGCGUUGACGUGAUCUGUAAACGGGAUGAGAAACCACGCAAGUCAACAAAGUAACAUGAAGUAUGCGAAUGGUGUUUUGUGCA